AUGGAGGCCUCCAUGCUCAAGCCGUCGGUGUUGCUAUCUCCGGCGCGGGGGCGGGGCUGCGUCGUCGCCGGCGCCGGCGGCCGCGGCAGCAAGAACCUCGAGACACGGCGGCCGGAAGGGAGCGAGCCGGCCAGAGGAGCCCACGGCCAUGUCCUACCCCUGGCGGCAGCGGCGGUGAGCAGCAGCGCCGCCGCCCUGCCGUGCCAGGCCGCGACCUCUCCGGCGGCGUACGAGCAAUCGCUGUACAGGGCGGCGGUGGUGCUGGGGGAGCUGGACCCGGCGACGGCGAAGGUGGUGAUCGGGGUGGCGGGGCCGGCGCUGUCGGCGGUGGGGUUCCUGUUCGUGGCGCGGAUCGUCAUGUCGUGGUACCCGAGGCUGCCGGUCACCAAGUUCCCCUACGUGGUGGCCUACGCGCCCACGGAGCCCAUCCUCGCCGCCACCCGCCGGGUCAUCCCGCCGCUGGGCGGCGUCGACGUCACGCCGGUCGUCUGGUUCGGCCUCGUCAGCUUCCUCAGCGAGAUCCUCGUCGGGCCCCAGGGCCUCCUCGUCCUCCUCUCCCAGCAAGUCUCUCCCUCGUAG